AUGACUAUCAAAAUGGCAUGCUAUUUUGGUUGGAUAGCACAUGACUUGCGCGAACUUUUAUAUCCAAUACUUCUCAAGAAUUAUGUCAAACCUAAAAUAAUGACUAUCAUCUUUCAUACAUUCUGCUUGUCUAAUAAUAUUUGUAAAUUCCUGAUUAUUAAUUAUAUAUGUGAAACAAUCACCACCAAGGCAAGUGCAACAGCAGAUUUAUUAAACAGAUUAUCAUAUGUUACUUGUGAUAUUGAAAUUCGUGAAAUUAUUUCACAAUUUUCAUUACGAAUAGUUCAUCCUCCUCUUAGAUUCUAUGGAAUUGGAUUUUUUCAGUUUGGUUUUAAAUUUCUUUAUAAAUUCAUCACAUCUGUUGCGACUGUUUUAGUUUUAAUACUACAAGCCCAAGUAAAUAAAGAAAAAUUUAUAUAA